GUCUCUAGAGAAAAACUAAAGUGGGAAAAGUAGAUAAUAACUGAACAGGAGAAAAAAAAAAUACAAACUAAAAAAUUAAAAAAAAAACAAAUAAAAAGACAAUACGGUGGAUUGAUUACUGGGAAAAAUUUCAUGUUUAUGUAGGUUUCAGAAGAAGAUUCAAUCAAUCUUUUCAAUUUGCAGUCAAAAUUCCAAUCAAUCUAGUGGGGUCUUUUUGAAGAAAUAUUAGUUCUUGAUGGAAUGGCUGCAGCAGAAGCAAGAGCAGCAUGGCAACGAACGGCUAACCGUUAUUUUGUUCAAGAAGAUGCUAAAAGGGCACCUAAGUUAGCAUGUGUGCCUCCAUCAUCAUCGUCUUCAUUGUCUAAACAAAUCGACACGAGACCUCCGACGACUGAAAUUACCGAUUUUGCCCCUCCAACGGUCAACUCGAUGUACUCGAAUCUCUCUCCGGAUUCAAGAUGGUGGCUUCAGUUGCAGCCUAACCAUGUACACCAAAAUGAUUUGAAUAAUGAAAAAGUCAACACUUUAGAGUCCGAAAAUUCUCAUCAGUUUGUCGACGUUAUGGAUUGUGGGUCAACCGUCAAGGUUGACCAUUUAGGGGAGGAAUCAUAUGAGUUUGUGGAGAUGGAUUCGGUUUGUAAAGAAGUGGAUGAGUUCGGUUUGGACUCUGAGUUUCCUCAUUGGAUGGAGAGUGAGAAGAUCCACGAGCUGCCUUGGUGGCGAAUGGCUGAUACAGACGACCUGGCGUCCUUUGUGGCGCAGAGAUCACACGGUUUCAUUGAGAAUUGCGAUUUACCGUCACCUCACAACACAAGUUUCAAGAUGGAAACAUAUGCUCAUGUUCAAUCCCCGCAUAAAGAAGACGUUAUCUCUACCUCUUUAGGAAGUUCAAUGCCACAAAAGCACCAAUAUCAAAAUGCAGCUAGCCCGAAUGCCAGUUUGGGGCCAGUCAGCCAUUUAAGCCCACGGAGCAGCGACAGCACAGUUCAUGAAGGUUCCGGAACACCUGAGAUGGAUCCAAGCAAGCGAAAGCUUCUAGAAGCACUCUGCCAUUCUCAAACACGAGCACGAGAAGCAGAAAAAGCAGCCAAACGAGCAUACGAGGAGAAGGAACACAUUGUGAAGCUAAUAUUCAAACAAGCAUCUCAAUUAUUUGCCUAUAAACAAUGGGUAUAUCUUUUACAACUUGAAAAUCUUUGUAACCAGAUAAAAACCAACAAGAUCAAGCCCGUCUUUCCACCUUCCCCAUGGCACGUACCCCGCCGAAAAACUCGCAGAAAUUUGCCAGUUAAGAAAAAAACACGAGAAAAACACGGUCUUGGUGUUCCUCGUUGCAAACAUGAUAUAGGUAAGUAUGCUGUUGCGUUCGCUGUUGGAUUAGGACUUGUUGGUGCGGGUUUGCUUCUUGGGUGGACCGUAGGUUGGAUGUUUGUCUAGUCAUCGUAGCAGGUAUGUUUGAAGCAAUUUUAACGCUUUGUGUACAAGGUUGUUUUCGUGAAAUGGCUAGGUAGCGGUAUAUAGUUGUGGUAUCUUCAUUAGUUUUGUAACGAGUUUGCAAUUCAACUUUUGUGUUUGUUAUGUGACAUUAUUGAAAAUUAUAACAUGUUUCUAUCAAUUCUGUAUUC